GGUAGUCACGGUACUUCUCAGACGUUAUCUAACACCAUCAUUAUCAUAACAACAUCGUUAACCACGAUCGACAUAAGGCGUGUUCAGGAUAAUCAGCGAGCAUAUGCUUGAUUAUAAUCAAAACCUCGCGCGGCUGGAUUUCCAUUUACUUUAAAUUGCUGUCUACUCAUCGUAGAUCUAGUAUUCGGUACCAUCAAUAUGUACCACAACGUACCAACACGAUUAACAAAACAGCUGCGAAAAAAAUGGACAGUAGCGCGAGUUUGCUUGAUUUAUAUGGACGUAUAGACGCACAGCAUAACCUGUCUAUAGUUGGUCAUAAUGAUUCCUCACUGGCCCGUUACAAUGCGGAGGAAUUCCACCGGCACACCAUGGAAUAUGUCGAGCAGGAGUUGUUAGGACCGCAACGUGUCAGUCCCGACUGGCUGCUAAUAUUCUUAUGUACGGUGGAUACCCUGAUUUUACUCACCGGGAUCGUGGGCAACAGCGUGACUAUCUGGGUUAUUAACCGCAAUCCGCGCAUGUACACUGUCGGUGUGAAUAUUUAUUUAAUCAACUUGGCGGUGUCCGAUUUGGUGCUGCUGAUCCUGGGACUUCCGUUUGAGAUAUACAACCUUUUCGAAGUAUAUCCUUAUCCUUUUACGGAGCAAGUUUGUCAAGCACGGGCCUGGCUGACCGAAGCCUCCACAAUAUCGAGCUGCCUGACGAUUCUUGCUUUUGCGGUUGAAAGAUACAUUGCCAUUUGUCACCCGUUUGAAAGUAUCCACUUCCAAGCUAAAACCUGGCGAGCCGCACUGGCGGUCAUCAUGAUAUGGAUUGUGGCGUUUUGCGCUGCUGCGGUGUUGGCUCUCGCACAUUAUGUUUACGAGUUCCCAUAUCCCACAAACGCUGACUGGACCAGUCACCUCCAGCCGGGAACACUGAUACCGGAAUCAGCCAUCUGUACCGCACGGGCUGGUCAAACCGAAAUAGUAUUGCAAAUUAGCACUUUUCUCUUCUUCUUCGCACCGAUGCUGAUCAUCAUUGUUCUACACAUUCUUAUCACCGUUCAUUUACGGCGAUUAUCACAUAAUCUUAUACCAAAAAAACAAAGCCCCGCUGACGACGCGGCGGGGGAUACGGAAAAAACACAGGCACAUAAGGCUAUACUCAGGAUGUUGGUGGCAAUCGGGGUUGCUUUUUUUCUUUGUUAUGCCCCAUUCCAUGUACAACGCCUUCAUUCCGUUUACGAAAAAGAUUGGAAUUCCGUCGGCUUAGCGGUUAAUCGCGUGUUGCUUUAUAUAUCCGGUGUGUUUUACUACGGUGCAGCUACGGCACGCAUUCCGUCAUCUUUCAGGGCGGUCGUGAAUCCCUUUUUAUACUCAAUCCUAUCCGCACGGUUUCGGCAGGCUUGUCGCUCCAGCUUGGGGGCUUGUUUGGGGCAGCGUUAUAAGCGGUUUCAGGCGAGACCGUCUAAUACGUCACCUAAUCACGCUUUCAUGUAUAAUCCGGCUGGAUCGGGAGAGCUGGCCUCUGUUGAGGAAACACGGACCUCGGGCCACGGCUAAGCAGAUAAAAAAGAAAAAGUAGCGUACAGCAGGAUCACCGGACAUGAACGACGAUGUCAAAGCCUCAAAGGUCACAUUCUGGGCGUUUUAUUUACGGAUGCAAUUCAUGCAGAACUGUAUAUCUAUAUUCUAGCGUUUUUGUAACAAUUAUCUUGUUUGUUGACGUAUUUUAAACGAGAAAUGGGAGUUGGUCUUUGUUUGCUGCAUUUUACAUCCAAAAAAUUGCCACAAAUGUGCUGCUCAUGCCGGCGCCGGCCUCAUAGUUCUAUCUGUAUGUAGUUAAAAAGGAAUAAUAAAUUACUG